GGUGUACACCAUCCACUGCAAAGCAUUAUCUAACGGGUUUGAAUUGCCAUCAUGCUUGGUUGGGUAGGCAUGGUGUGCGUGUGUGGUGUGGUGUGGUAUUCACAUGAUAUGUGAUUCUGAUUCUGUCCAUGGGAAGGAGAUAGUUACUUGGUACCUUUGUCCUGCGUCUUUCCUCUUUCCUCUCUUUCCUCAGCCUUGUGACCAGCUUACUCACGCCGUCUCACGUAGUUGAGUAUCAUGAUCCAAAGACUUCUCGCUCGUGCAUGGGGCGAGAGAUGAUGUUCUUGUUCUUGCGAGCGAGGAUAGGAUGGGAGGAGCUUGGCUAUCCAUAUCUAGAAUCAUUAGUUCCAACCACCGAGGGCCCAAUGUCCCAAUGAAGGCAAACUAGUUCUCGCAAGGGAGUGACAACUUUUGGCCUCAUCUAAUCUCAGCCAUCUCCAUCACCUCAAUUCAACCACCCAUCCCACUCUAGUCGCCUUAGUACAAUCAAUUAGUGAACGAAUGGAGAUAUCAUGCUUCACUAAAGCCAUUCGUGCUACUUCUCUUCCUCCUUAUCAACGACCCAAGGCUCAAGGGACCAAAACGAUUAUGGACCGGUCCCGCUUUCCGGCUCUUUACAAUCCGCUCCAUUUGAUAAUGUCCACGAUGGAUGAUUGCAAGAAUGAGUCUUAUUGUCUUGUCCAAAGUUAUCUGAUGACUCGAUGAGAACAAAGAGAGCAGAUUUGCAUACGUUCUUCACUUGGACAUCCUAUUUGCCAAUUCAUUUCUGCUUCCCAUUUUUAUUCGCAUUUUUCCAUUCUAUCUGAGCUGGCAAUUGCUGCAGGAGAGCCAAUAUAAGAGUUUUCCUCCCCCUUCCAUAGGACGCCAGUAACCUUGACAAGCCAUCUUGCAUAUCCCGUCGCAUUCUACCACAAUACCAAUACCAAUCCUCGGAACGCACUUACACCAGAAGGACCCAAGGAAGACGUUGUAGAACCCACACACCAGUACCUUGCCCAUAUACCCUUGGUGUACAGCCGACCGUCCACGCACUACACAUACCAAGUUCGUACAAUUCAUAGAAAACUCUCCGCUCGGGAAAGCAUCUUAUAAGUCCCCGCCCCUCUACGCAUGCAAGCAAGAUUGCUAUUACUACCAACCAUAUCCAUACUUGCCACAUCCAUACCUGCCAUACAUCCAGUCCCGUCCAAUCCAAUCCAAGUCUCGUCUUUAUAUUGAGCCUCCCCUCUUGCCUUUGGUUCGGCUUAUUGCAGGAAUUUUGCAGCUAAAAAGUGCCAAAAGAACCGCUCCAACAAAAUUUAUAUCGUCCGAAGGCACCCCCACAUCAUCAUUUGUUGCUUCAUUUGUGGCUCAUGCAGGAGAUAGAGCUUCCAGUUAAGCACUUUCAAUACCACCCUAGAGUCCCUGAAUAACUACUGUCUUUUUGCGAAAAGAAUAAAACCCUCCACCGACCCCCCAAACAGAGAAAUUCACACUUUUGGUUUUGGCCAACGUUCAGCUGAAUCGAGACAAAGGUUCUGCAUUUGUCUUAUUGCGCGUGGAAUUUCGACUGUAUAGGAAGGGGGAUGCAUUUGUGGAUAGAUCAUCUGAGUUGUUGACCUUUCUCAAUUGAUUGGAGAAAGCGCCUCCUUUGUUCGUCUCAUUUUCAUCUGGGAACAUAUUCUCUUCAUUCAAUUUCGAACAUUAAAUACAUCAACCAAUUGAUUUGAAGCCCCGUCAACUCAAAACAAACUCUCUCGAUUGAGGACAGGUUUCUUUCGGGAAUUCGAAACUUCCAAGUCUCGUUGUCUUGCUUUGGUUCUCUUGCUUCGGGUGGCUGCAAGGUACUAUAGCCCACGAGGGUCGGCUUGCAUCAAUCCCUGGCAUUGUACCGACGGCGGGGAAGCCGAAAACUGGAGAAACGAAAAGCAUUAUGAAUGCUCAAAUAUCAUUUAUUAAAGGCGAAUUCAGCCUAAUCCAUAUACCACUACCUCUAUACUCUUUGCUGUUGCAACCAAUCUUGAGAGUUUUGCUGCCAUAUAAGGAAGCAGACCCAGCAGCUGAGAAUGAAGAUGAAGGAGAAAGUAUAGUGUUUGAUGAAGAACAUGGUUUUCUUAACAUCAGUGUAACCCCAAUUGAAUGCUCAGUUGUCUGUCAUAAGUCUUGGGCGGAAACUGUCUUUCAACCAAUUGUCGAUGCUUUGCCCAACGAUGAAAACAAUCAGGUUCAGAUAUCAACAGAUACCUACAUUGUUUUCUCUGUAGACAGCACUGGUACUGAUGCAGGCCAAAGGGUCAUGGAUCUCACCUCACCUCUCGCCAUGGCCGGCGUUCCCAUUUUCUUCAUCACAACCUACUUCACAGAUUUCAUCCUUGUUCCCUCCAAAGACCGCCAUAAAGUUGGCCAAACCCUUCUCUCUCGCGGCUUUGAAUUUUCCGAAGAAGAAUCCGCCUACGUCGUCCCAACCCCAACAUCUCACUCCCGAGGCCCUAGUUCCAACUCCAACCCGCCAUCCACUCCUCCCCCCUCCAACAUCGCCGAGCUCCAAGCCCGCACCUUUAAACAUCUCAAGCGGAGAAACGUAAAACCGUUCGUGCAGCCUGGACUCCACCUCAUUCAAUGUUCUGGUCGCGACCGCGAAAUGGAAGAUCGUCCCAUCUCAAACGGGAACGGAAAUGGUACGCAUACCUCCUCCCCCCUCGAUAAACUCAACACCCGUCUCUACAUCUCCAUCAUCUCAGCGCUGUUACAUCAACCCACUUUCCUCUCCCUCACCAUCUCCCUCGAAGAAGGCUCUUCUCUCCUCCUCGACAAAUCUCUCCUCCCUCUCUUCGGAAACUCAAUUCAGGGAGAUACGGAUGGGGAUCUUGUGCCGAUUUUCCUUGAUCUGGUGGAUUUACCGUUGGAAAGUACCGGGAUUGUGUGUGGCGUGGCGGGGAAGUUGGUCGAUGAAAUGCGCAUGAAUGAUCGCCCGGAGGAAGAAGGCGGAUGUGUAUUUGGAAGAGAAUUAUCGUAUUUAAGUACGGCGCGGGCGGGCGCAGUGGUGUUAAGUGUUGAGGGGAGUGAGAGAGCGUUAGAGAUGCUGGGAGGGUUACUGGAUCGGGAGGUUGGGGGGUGAGGGUAUCCGUGAGGAAGGAACGGGGAGGUUGUUAUAUAUGUGUUCUAAUUCUAAUUUCGGACAUGGAAGAAUGGAGUCGCAUGGUUACAUGGGUGCAUACUACAAGGUCGGGAGAAAAUUGAAAAGAAGCAAGCGAAGAAGUGCAUACUUACAUAAGGGAGGCGAGAUUUGUUAUUUACCUACCAGGCGAGGCGGGUGGCUGAUUUGCUUACUUGCUACGUGCGAUGCAUAAAAGGAGUUUUUUUUUGUUGUUACUUGCACUGCACUGUACUUUCGGGAUGGGAUAGGGAAGGCAGAGGAAAGAAAAGGAAUGGAUGAAUGGAGUAGGAUAGGUUAUUAAAAAAGUUGAAUGGGUUGAGAUAGGAGUGUGGAAUAUUAAUUUAAUUUAAUUUGGUCUUGUUUGUUUGUCUGUUAGUAUGAGAUAAAUGUGGGUGUUGGUGUUGGGGAGCGUGAGAUGAGAGAGGGAUGGUAGUUGAGUGGGUGGGUUUAUGUAGGAGAUGAAAGGAGAGAGAGAAGAUGAGAUGAGAUAAUAGGAAAAGAGGAAAGAUGUGAGAUGAGAUGAGAGAAGCAGAAUGGAAGUAAAGGUGGGUGGUGAAAGUACGGCGAGGGUUAUGAGAUGAAUCAACGAAUGUAGAUAUAUAGUGUAUACCAUACAAUCUAUACUCACAUCUAUCUAUCAAUCCUCAUAGUUGAAAUAAGAUGA